GUCAUUAACGUCAAACUUAGUAAAAUAGGUUAUGAUUACGGUUUGUUUGGGUUUUUAGUGUUUGUUACAAUUCCAGAUAUAAUCAACAAUAAUUUUAAAUUAAAAGCAUCGAGACCCGCUCGAAAAUGCACCGUCGCGGAGGCAAGCGCAUCCGCAUGGACGAUCCACCUCCCGAAUACGAAAAUCCGAUGACGCCCCAUUUGGAGCAAGAAAACUACGGCGGGAGUUAUUUGCAACAGAACAUGUACGGCGACAGUUACGACCACGCCAGCUCCGGAAUCGAUUUCGAAUCCCCUCCGACGCCGGGCUUCAAAAGAGUGACCAGGUCCAAAGCGAGGGGCGUAAAUAAUCCACCGCCUCCUCCGGUGGUGUCCCCUUCGUACUCGCCCCCCGCCGCCAGCACGACGGGGAGAGGUAGAGGCAGAGGAAGGCCUCCGGGUAGGAAAAAUACCGUCGGGGAAAUCAUACAUACGAGAGACGACGAUGAUUCCUUGUAUCACACCAUCAAAAACAGCAAACAUUCGUUGACCCACAUCGUAGACGAUUGGAUCGAGAGUUACAAGAUCAACAGAGAGGCCGCGCUCAUUUCUCUGAUGCAAUUUUUCAUAAACGCUUCCGGGUGUAAAGGACGCAUCACGCAACAAAUGCAAGCCUCCAUGGAACACGCCGCGAUUAUACGAAAAAUGACUGAAGAAUUCGACGAAGAGAGCGGCGAAUAUCCUUUGAUUAUGGCCGGGCAAACUUGGAAAAAAUUCCGGCAAAAUUUCUGCGAAUUCGUUCAAACGUUAGUGAAGCAAUGUCAAUACACCAUUAUUUACGAUCAAUUUUUGAUGGAUAAUGUUAUAUCUCUUCUUACGGGGUUAUCCGAUUCGCAGGUGCGUGCCUUCAGGCAUACAGCCACCCUAGGAGCUAUGAAACUAAUGACUGCUUUGGUAGAUGUGGCUCUAACGGUGUCUGUUAAUUUAGACAACACUCAAAGACAGUACGAAGCGGAGCGUCAAAAAACUAGAGAAAAACGUGCGAGCGAUCGCUUAGAAGCUUUACUGGCCAAAAGACAAGAAUUGGAGGAAAAUAUGGAUGAAAUUAAGAAUAUGUUGACCUACAUGUUCAAAUCGGUUUUCGUUCAUCGAUACAGGGAUACAUUACCAGAAAUCAGAGCUAUAGCAAUGACGGAAAUAGGCGUGUGGAUGCAUAAAUUCCACGCCAAUUUCCUCGACGAUUCUUACUUGAAAUAUAUAGGAUGGACUCUACACGAUAAGGUCGGCGAAGUCCGCCUGCGAUGCCUUCAAGCGUUGCAACCUUUGUACGCCAACGAAGAACUGAAAGGCAAACUGGAAUUGUUCACAAACAAAUUUAAAGAUCGCAUCGUCGCCAUGACGCUCGAUAAGGAAUACGAAGUGGCCGUGCAAGCCGUUAAAUUGGUCAUUUCCAUCUUGAAACAUCACGGAGAAAUUUUGACCGAUAAAGAUUGCGAACACGUUUACGAGCUGGUGUACUCGUCGCAUAGAGCGGUCGCACAAGCAGCCGGCGAAUUCCUAAACGAGCGACUUUUCCAACCGGGCGAUUUGGAUGCCGGAAAAACCAAACGCGGGAAACGCCGUUUGCCCAACACGCCGUUCAUUAGAGAUUUGGUGCAAUUUUUCAUCGAAUCCGAACUCCACGAACACGCCGCUUAUUUGGUCGAUUCUCUAAUCGAAUCCAAUACCAUGAUGAAGGAUUGGGAGUGCAUGACCGAUCUGUUGUUGGAAGAUCCCGGACCGCACGAGGAGCCUUUGGAUAAUCGACAGGAGACUAGUUUGAUAGAAAUUAUGGUGUGUUGUGUGAAACAAGCGGCUACGGGCGAAGCGCCCGUCGGUAGAGGACCUACCAGGAAAAUGUCGUCGUUGAAGGAAGUUAAACAGGCUGGCGAAGAUAAACAGAAGCUUACUGAACAUUUUAUCGUAACGUUACCACCGUUGCUCGAUAAAUAUUCCGCCGAUCCUGAAAAAUUGGCUAAUCUGUUGGGCAUACCGCAACAUUUCGACUUGGAUCUUUACACUAGCGGAAGACAAGAAGGUUCGCUACAAGCGUUGUUGGUUAAAUUGAAGUCCAUCGCGCAAGUUCACCACGAACCGGAGGUUUUAGAAACAUUGGCCAAAACGCUGGAAACUUUGUGCACCGAAGGACAUUCUAUAUACACAAAAUGCGACGUGGCCAGAUCUACAAUCAUCGACGUUAUCGUAGAUUCGUAUAGAGAAGCCAUUGAUGAUUGGAGGAAUUUAUUACUGGGCGAGGAAACUCCCAAUGCAGAUGAAGUAUUCAACGUUGUCAGUUCGUUGAAAAAAGUUUCUUUGUUUUACGCUUGCCAUAAUUUAAACAGCUGGAGCUUAUGGAACAGUUUAUUUCAGGACGUCAAAGAUAUAGAAUCGACAUUACCGCCGGAAGCAUUGAAAUAUUCUCUAUGUUCGUGCUAUUAUUACCUUUUGUGGGCUCUUAGAGACUUGGAAGUUUCCGCAGAAGGAGGCGGUUUAACCCAUUCUCGCAUACAAGAAGUUAGAGAUAAACUAGACGAAUUCAUCGAAUCCUCCCAAAUGUUAAUCAAAUCAUCCCAACACGCAAUUAUAAAAGAAGAAGCUUACAUCGGUCUUUGCGAUUUGCUGAUCGUCUUCAGCGAGCAAUUGAGCAGCACGUCUACUUCGCUAGCCGAAUUGACUUGUAGCCCCGAUAAAAACCUUCAAGCUUUGUUAAACGAGUUCGUACAAACUUACGUUUUCGUGCCCGAACAAGACGCGGAUCACGACGAAUUGAGAAUCGAAGGGUUGCACAAGCGACGAAAUUUCCUAGCGGCCUUUUGCAAAUUGAUAGUGUAUAAUAUAAUGCCUACGAAAGCUGGUGCCGAUGUGUUUAAGCACUACGUAAAGUAUUAUAACGAGUACGGAGACAUUAUCAAAGCGACUCUGAGCAAAGCUAGAGAGAUAAAUAAAGUUAAUUGCGCUCUCACCAUGUGCCUCAGCUUGAAUAUGAUGUUUAACGAGGUGCAAAGGCUCAGCGGCGGUAGAAAUACCAGACAGCACGAAGAAUUCUUCGCCUUGAAGGAAUUAGCGAAGAGGUUCGCAUUGUCGUUUGGUUUGGACGCUGUGAAAAAUCGAGAAGCCAUUACUGCUUUACAUCGGGCGGGAAUUAUAUUCUCCGUAACGGGAGCCGAGAACGCCGAAGACCCCACGGGGCCCCCUCCGAAUUUGUCGUUUUUGGAAAUCCUGACCGAAUUCACGAAUAAGCUGCUCAAGCAAGACAAGAGAGUCGUUAUGGGUUUCUUGGAUAAACGAAUCACUACAGGAAUGCCGAGCAGCAGGGGCGAGGACUGGCAGCCACUUUUACUCUACAGGAAUUCCCUUCUUCACGGUGAAUCCGAUCAAUUGCCUACGACCAGUAAGCGAGCUUACGGCAGGAAGAGGCACAAGUCUCCCGAUUCGGACAUCGACGAAGACAAUUUGUCUGACCAAGAUUUCCCUGUUUUCAAGUAAGGUUUUUUUGUUGAAAUUUCUUUUACGAAUGAAUCCUUUUCGUUUGGUCAUUUCCUAUCGAUGCUCUAGAACGGGUCGUAUAAAUUGGUUAAUUUAUUCGAUACACAGUAAGUUUUGCAUGUAGUAUUCUCAGAGUUUACAAGAAUUUAUUAGUAUUUUCAGAGUCAAUUGAAUAAAUCGUUAAUUUCAUUUCGAUUAGUAUUCAAAUGCAUAUUCAAAAAUUCACUUUGGAAAUACUAAAAUUAGAAUUAGUUUAGAUAUAAUUAUAUUUUUUUAGAUUGUAAAUCUUUUUUGAUUUUAUAUUGUAUCAUUAAUUAUUCGAUUAUAAUAAUAAACGAUCAAUUUUAAUACCAACAAUAGUAUUUCAGCGAAACUUAUGAAACUCAAGCCCAUUAUCAACGAAAUGAAUCCUCCAAAGUUACCUUAAAAACGAGAACUUAUUAUUAUAAAAUCUUCCCGUAAUUAUUCUGUAAAAAUUACUCAAUAAUUGGUACCAUUCUUGCGUCAAUCGUCGGUUAUACGCAGCACCGAAUGGAUGUUGAAAGUAAACGUUUACGUACGUUUUGUUAUUACUGAAAGUAUUAUUAAAUAUAUGGAGAAUCUAGUUUGAUCAAAUGAGCAACUUACGAAUUAAUUUUAAUCGGCGAGGUAUCGACAGAAACGUGAUAAAUCUGAUCAUUGCAAGCCGGUAGGCAAUGUUCGCAAUUAAUGGAGUCCUCCCUUUCGAAAUUCAAACUAGGAGAUGACUCGCCAGUCGGGUAAUAACUCGUCCAUUUUCCUUAAAUAAAUUCAUCGUUUAGGUAAAAUCUACGAGGUUUUAUAGAAAGUAUUUAGAACCUACUGUAGAAAUUGGAUAAACAAGGUAAAUCGGUGAGUCUGCAGAACGAGUAAUCGCCUAUUGGAUCGAAAAAGGGGACGCAUUGACAAAGGUUUUUCAUCGCUUUCAUUUUACAUACUGCCAAGCAGUCGCUGUUUCUAAAAUCCCCGUAUUCCGUAUGAAUCUCAUCGUUAAAUAUACAUUUUCU